AUGAUUGAAUUUUUGUCCAUGUUUCAAGAUGUAUUUGCAUGGUCUUAUGACGAUGUGACUGGCAUUUCGACCGAUAUAGUGAUGCACAGAUUGCCUACAGACCCAACUUUCCCACCAGUGAAGCAAAAGCCCCGUAAAUUCAAACUAGACAUGAGUCUCAAAAUAAAAGAGCAAAUUGAAAAGCAGCUUAAGACUAAUAUUAUCAUUGUAUCUCAUUACCCUGUUUGGCUCUCAAAUCCAGUCCCUGAUCCGAAGAAGAAUGGAGAAGUACGAGUCUGUGUUGAUUAUAGGGACCUUAACAAAGCCAGUCCGAAAGAUGACUUUCCUUUGCCAAAUAUCCACAUCAUUCUAGACAAUACUACUGGACACGAAAUUGAGUCUUUUUGUGAUUGUUUCGCUGGAUAUCACCACAUCUUAAUGGCCGAAGAGGAUAGAGAAAAAAUUGCUUUUAUCACCCCUUGGGGCACAUUUUGCUAUCGAGUAAUGCCAUUUGGUUUAAAGAAUGCCGGAGCUACUUAUCAAAGGACUAUGACUACUUUGUUUCAUGAUAUGAUCCACCAGGAGAUGGAGGUUUAUGUGGAUGACAUUAUAAUCAAAUCCAGAAAAACAGAGGACCAUUUGAUUGAUAUAAAAAAGUUGUUUGACAGGUUGCGGAAGUACAAUUUGAAGCUAAAUCCUGCGAAAUGCGCCUUCGGAGCACCAGCUGGUAAACUGUUGGGAUUCAUUGUCAGUAAAAAGGGCAUAGAAAUAGACCCGGCAAAGAUCAAGGCAAUUCGAGACAUGCCAGUGCCAAAAACGCAGAAAGAUGUGAAAAGUUUCUUGGGGAAGAUUAAUUUCAUUGGAAGAUUCAUUGCCCAAUUAACUGCUACGUGCGAGCCACUAUUCAAGUUGUUAAAAAAGAAUGUGCCAUUGCAUUGGAAUGAAGAGUGCCAACAAGCUUUUGACAAAAUUAAGGAUUAUUUGCUGCAUCCUCCAGUCCUAGUGCCACCCAAACCGGGCCGGCCUUUGAUCAUGUACUUAUCCGUGCUCGACGAAGCAGUAGUUCAAAAGUUGAGACACUACCUGCUUAGUCACACCACAUAUCUCAUAUCCUGCUCUGAUUCUCUGAAAUACCUCUUGGAGAAGCCGAUGCCAACUGGGCGUCUGGCCAAAUGGCAGCUGAUUCUUUCGGAGUUUGAUAUUGUUUUCACUCCACAAAAGUCCGUCAAGGGACAAGCUAUAGCCAAUCAUUUGGCAGAAAAUCCAAACGGCGAUGACUAUCAACCGCUCCAUACUUAUUUCCCCGAUGAGGAGGUUUUACUUUUUGGUGAUGUAGAAGAUAUGAGCGAGCCGUGCCCUAAAUGGAGGUUGUUUUUCGAUGGUGCUACUAAUUCUUUCGGAGCUGGAAUCGGAGCAGUUCUCGUAUCUCCAGAAAGGAAGCAUUAUCCCGGAGCUGCUAAAUUGCAAUUCGCCUGUAUUUUUUGUCUUAAAAUGGCUUUGGAAAUGGAAGUUAAAGAGUUGAUAGCCUUCAGUGAUUCAGAUUUACUUGUGCACCAAACGUUGAAGCAAUGGAUAACCAAAGAUUCCAAGAUCUUGCCAUACCAUUGUAAUUUGCUCACUCUGGCUAGACAAUUUCAAAGUUUGGAAUUCAGACAUCUCCCACGAGCCCGAAAUGUAUUUGCCGAUGCUUUGGCCACCUUAUCUUCUAUGAUACAAUAUCCGGACGAACUAGGAAUCGAGCCUAUCCGGAUCCAACUCCAGGACAAGCCUGCUCAUUGUUGGGUCGUAGACAAAACAUCUGGCAAUAGCCCUUGGUACAAUGAUAUUAAGGUGUUCAUCAAAACCGGGUCUUACCCUCCAGAAGCUACUACAAAUGACAAGGGUUUCCUGCGUAGAAUGGCCUUGAAGUUUUUCUUAAAUGGAGAGGUAUUGUACAAAAGGACCUCAGAUUUGAACCUCUUAAGGUGCAUCGAUGAGGAUGAAGCUCAAUACAUGAUGAAAGAGGUGCAUAGCGUGCAUGGCGAUGUUAUAUGCGCUCCUCCUACCGAAUUGCAUAGCAUGAUUGCCCCAUGGCCCUGCUCAAUGUGGGGUAUGGACGUGAUUGGCACAAUUGACCCUCCUGCUUCAAAUGGACAUCGAUUUAUAUUGGUGGCAAUUGAGUACUUCACCAAAUGGGUCGAAGCGGAAUCAUUCAAGCAUGUAACAAAGAAAGUGGUGGCAAAUUUCUUAAGAAAUCACAUCAUAUGCCGAUUUGGGGUGCCAGAAACAUUUAUUACAGACAAUGCCAAGAAUCUCAACAAUGACAUGGUGGACGGGCUAUGCAAACAGUUCAAAAUCAGACAUCGCAACUCUGCCAUCUAUAGACCGCAGAUGAACGGAGCCGUGGAGGCCGCAAACAAGAAUUUGAAGAAGAUCAUUCGCAAGAUGACUGAAAAGCAUCGUGACUGGCAUGAAAAGCUUCCUUAUGCACUAAUGGCAUACCGGACUUCUAUUCGAACUUCAACUGGGGCAACCCCCUACUCGCUCGUAUAUGGAAUGGAAGCUGUGUUACCUGCCGAGUUCGAAAUCCCUUCAUUGUGUAUUCUAAUGGAAACUAAGUGGGAAGAGGCUGAUUGGUUAAAGCAACGUUAUGAACAACUGUCCUUGAUUGAUGAAAAAUGA